CCCGGUUUUAUUCGCCUUCAGCUGACAGGUGACAGUUACCCGUUAGAUGUUGGAUUUCUUGUCUGUUUUGUUUUUUGCCGGUUGUUUAUUAGCCUGCAUGAAUCAUCAUAGUGUCAAAUAGCAAAAGCGAUAUUUAAUUCUCGCGGGUUUAUUCAUAAACUUCUCAACGGAGCUGUUUUUAUUCCUCUGGAGUCAUGGGCGAGGUGGAGCUGUCCUGCCGUGCUUACGUGAAGAUGUACCUGCACGCCUGUCUGUUCCCGCGGUGCAGCAUCAACGGCCUGCUGCUGUCCUCCAGCUCGGCGGGCGGCGCCGUGUGUGUGACCGACUGUGUGCCCCUCCUGCACUCCCACCUGCCUCUGGCCCCCAUCACCCAGCUGGCCCUCACACAGGUGGACGUGUGGUGUUCACAGACUCAGCAGAGGAUAGUGGGAUAUUACCAAGCCAACGCCUGUGUAUCAGACAGCAGCCCCACGCCGUGCGCGCUGAAGAUAGCCGACAAGAUCGCCGAGCAGUUCAACAAUGCCGUUUUGUUAAUGAUCGACGGUGGAAAGAUGUCUCCAGACUACCGGGUGCCUCCCAUAGUGAUGUACGAGCGCAAAGAUUCAAGAUGGACGCUCAAAGACAAACACACGAUAAUGCUGCGACAGUGGGAGGAGACUCGGGCGAUAGCCAGUCAGAUGCUGGAGUCGGGCGAUCACAUGCUAUUGGUGGAUUUUGACAGCCACCUGGAUGACAUCACAAAGGACUGGACCAAUCAGAAACUUAACAAUAAGAUAGCGGAGCUCGCCUCGCCGGCCAACGGAAACGUCUAGACCGACACGUAGCGUCACUUUGUACUAAACCAGAUUUAUUUAAGUGUUCUUUGACUCACCUCAUCGUCAUGCACAAAUGUGAAUUUUUCUUCUUUUUUUUUUUUAAUAUAACCACCACUCACACACAUCAGCAGCCAUUUAACACAGGAUUUAGAGGCAUAUUCAUUUUAAUGCGUUUUCUUAACAAAACAGGGACAUCUAAUAGUACAUGCAUAAAUAACACAAAGUAUUUACAGCUUGGUAGAUCUCUGCAGUCUUCCACCCCCCACCCCCCCCCUCACUGGUCCCAGAGUCCAGACUGUGCCUUGCUCACCACCUCCAGGGUUGGUCAAAUCACAGACUUAAAGGAAAAAUCCACCCUCAAUCCCUUAAAAGCACCA